AUGAUAUAUGAUUUUUUUAAAGGUUCUCAUCAAACACUACUCACUUGUGUUCCAACAUCGACAUUGAUUUUAACUACACAAAAAAUUCUAAUUAAUAUUGUUCGUCUCAUGAAAUAUAUUCUUCAACAAUUAAACAAAACAUCGUUUUUAUCAAUAUCAACAGAAAAAGAUUAUCUAAAAUUUAUUUAUGAUAACAUUCCAGAAUUAAGACAUAUUUUAGAUAACCGUCGUAUACAUAUUGAUAAAAUAACUAAGACGAACCACGAUCGUUUAUUUCCUACAUGUAUUUUUCAAGAAUAUCUAUUAAAUGGAAUUAAUUUUCUAUGUUAUAUUAACAAAAUUGAUGGUAUACAUAGUACUAUGAAAAAGAUUGUAGUAGAAAAAUGUGAAUGA